AAAAAAAACAAGUUUGACAGCUACGACAGCGUCAAAAAAAGGCUGCAUUUGAAGAUUUUUGUAAUUUUUAUGAUUUCUGUAAAAUUCUAAUUGGAUGGCGGCCCGUAAUUGAAAUACAAAAAGGCUGACUAGUGUUUCUAAAACGCCUGCCCAUAAAUCCUUUCAUUCUGGAUUCCCAAAAGAGGACUUAUUUGGACAUCUACAAGAUGGAUUUGGCCGAGACGAUGAAGAAUGUUCUGGCGAAGAGUGCAGGCGGGUCUUCUAGCGCCGCGGCGGGGUCGAGCGCGGGCGCCCCGCACGGCGGCGAGGGGUACGUGACGGAGAAGCUGUACAUGCUGCUGCAGCUCUACCUGCAGAACAAGGGCUGGAACCCGAGCAUCGAGCUGCUGCAGUGCUUCAGCGACCUCAAGGAGUCCUCCAUGCUGCCCAGCGCUGCAUAUUUACAGAUGAUGGCGUCCCGUGUGGGUUUAGACACACAAGGCAGGCUGAUAUUGCGUGAAAAUGGCAAAAUAAUUCUGCCAUAUGAACAUUUUGCUAAUGCUGUCAUGUUGAAGCACAUGAAUGGACCGCAUGGUCUCCAUCUUGGCUUAGAAGCCACAGUCAGAGCCGUCAUAGAGUCAUACACAAUAGGCCGUGAACAGUUUGGCAUGGAGAAGGAGUUUAUAAUAGAGGUGGUUCAAAACUGCCCGAACCCGGCGUGCCGCUACUACAAGAACCAACUGGAGAUGACGCAGAAGUCCAUCCAGCAGCAUCUCUCACAACAACCUACCUAUAUUCCAGACGCGAGUGCAGCUCCGCUGUCAGACACGGCGGCCAUGGAGCGGCUGCUGCGCGGCGCGCCAGACUAUCAGCUGCCGCUCGCGCCGCACCUCGCCGCCCUCAGUGAGUUGCUAUCGGGCCUAACCCCUGACAAGAGCGACCGUCGCUCCUCCGACAAACUGUCGCCUUCAGCCGCCGCCGCGUUACUGCAGCAACAGUCGCUGCGGCUGCACUCCACCCCGCGCGACAAGCACCACUACACCGACGACCACAAGCUCACAGACUUCCUCAGGGCCAACCUCGAGUCCCUCGAGUCGCUCUCCGCCGCCCCCUCCACCUCCACUGGCUCGGAGCGCGGCAGCGGCGCCGGCGCGCAGGAGCGAGUGGUACGAGCCUUCGCCGAGCUCGCCCGCAACCUGCAGCGCAUGCGCCCCUGCGUGCGCCCCGCCAUGUGCAAGCCGUACGGGAAGCAGAGCGAGCAGCUGCAGAAGAUUCUCCUGGACACGAUCCAGCUGGUGCAGUCGCUGCGCAGCUAUCUGCCGCCGCCGCACAUCCAGGUCACCUCGUGGAAGAACGACGACAAGAUACGUUCGAACACCAUGGAUGAGCUGGAGAGUCGCAAGGUGGUGAGCGGCAACUAGCAGCCGGACCCGCUCGCCGGGUGACUCGCCGAGUGACUCACACAACCACCCAGUAUGUACCCGAGUGCAUAGGUACGGUCAUGUCCAGAUAAACCUGACCCCCCUCUCAUAGUAACAAUGCUUCUGAGAGGGGUCAGAUUUCACUGCCUUAUACUUAUAUAGUCGGCUUCAUGUGUAUGUUAUACUUUUGUACCGCGUCAAAGACUUUGUAGCAUUUAUAUUUUGACAUGGUAAAAAAGUACACAUGUUUAUGUGAGGCUGACUGUACGUUACUUCAAUGACUUGACUAUCCAGGUUUUCCAGAAAUGUGGUAAAACAUGUUGUAUUAAAAUUUUACAGUUAUACCUAUGUUUUGUAAACUAGAGAUCUGUUUUCGUGUGGAUUAAAAUGUAAUCGGUUAGUUUUAAUGUUUAUAUCUUAGUGUCAGGUUUUGAUACGGCUUUUGUAUUUAAGUGAAGAAUAUUACGUAUGUGCUGAUAAAUUUAAUUAAACUAUUUGGGUCUCUUUCGUAACAUUAUUUUGAUCAGUCUGAACUAAGGCAUAUUAUAUUGAAUUUAAAUCGCCUUAGCAUUUUAGAAGAUGAUACACGUUACAAAAAACAAUUCAAUUUAAAAAUAGGGAUGGUUGGCUCUUUAUAUUUGCACCAAAUAAGUGGACAUACCAAGAACCUACGAAAAAAAGCGUAUGCGGGCGAUAAAUUUAAUGCUUUUAUGAUUUGUAGCAUAUAAUAUGUAUUCAAGGUUUAUGUAAUCAAUUUGAAAUAAGUUUCUGUAGCACAAAAUGUUUUUCAUGGGCUAUACUUACUGAUAUGUCAGUAUUUUAUUCAUGUUUAUUGUUUAUGAAUUUUAGUGCGUCUUCUUACACUUUACAGACAUUAUAUUAGCUUUGUUUCUUUACAUUUUAUCAGCUAUAUAUUUUAUUACUUUAUAAUGUUUAUUUGUUGUACACUUGUAUGGUCUAUUAUUUUUUUACAUUUUUACUUGUAUUUUGUCGUAUGUUAAGUUGAUUUUUGAUAGUUUGUUAACAUGAGUGCAUUAUUUACACUGUGAUAGAGGUGUAAUAGGUUGUAGGGUGACCGUGAUGUCUUGUAGCCUGUCAGUACAUUUAUACGCAUAUGUACGCAUAGUAACUGCUGUAGUGAUAGAGAAAAUCUAUGAUCUUAUUUUUAUAGGUGACGAUCUCAUCUUCUAAAGAAUAUUUUUAUUGAAUGAACUAAGUAUUUGAUUGCAAUGGCACUCACUCUUUGCCUGUCAGGACUUGUAUUAACACAACAGAAUUAUAAUCACUACAGUGAAAAUGUCAGUAAACCUUCUCCGAUUAGUUCAUUCGGUCUGAAUGAAGCUGCUACUAUGACGUCACGGUCCAAGCUGAGUCUCCAUUGUAGGUAAGGAACGGCUUCCAGGUGAUAGGAAUACGUAAAAAGAAACGAAAGAUGUUUAGGUCAGUCGUGGUGUAGGAAAGAUUUGUUAUAAAAACAGCUGUAUUAAAGCAUGCUUCCCUGUUGCAUCGGGAAUAUGAAAAUAAUUCAUGCUUUUCCCUGAUUGCUUACGCAACAGGGUCAUAGUAAAUAUCAUUGGCUAGUUGAAGGUGAUUAGUAUCAGAAGAAGACUGCUUUAUUGUCAGUAAACAACUAUGCUAAAUCUAAGUAAAGCUACUGGCACUAAAAAGAUAAUUUAAAAAGCCCGUUACACAAUAAGUGCCCAUGUAAUGCGAAUGCAAAAAUUUGUGCACACUAAUUUAUUGGCUAUUUUUAUUGUUCCUUCUGGAUUGAUCUCUAAAAGUACACGUAAUUAUUAGAAUCUUUUUUUACUUGAAUUACAAAAAUGAUAGAAAACGGAGAUGUAUCUCAUUAUUAGGAAUUACAAAUUACAAUUAUUUGGUCUCAUGACGAAAGGAUAUCUAAGAAGUAAUUUAUUUAAUCACUUGUAGCAGUGUGUAUGGCACAUUGGCAACGACUGAAUCACAUACUGACUGUUAGAUUAGAUCAUGUGUUUAUUACUAACAUACAUUUUAGCGCGACGAUUAACUUAUGUAAAUAAUGUUUUAUUUACAAGAGGUUUAUUACAAGUACAAUCUUUGUAACUCGAGGUCAGUCGUUUGUCAAUGUGUAUUACGCUUACGCUUUAGCACAAUUGAAACAAAAUACGCCUAUUUUAUGAACUUCCAAUACAUCACUUUGUAAUGAUAUACAUAUUAAGAUUUAGCUACAUAAGUUUGCUAGUGCAAUAAUUAGGCAAAGCCUAUAAUAAAUUUAAAAUUUUGUAACUUAGUAUGUAUAAUGGUUAUUCUAAAUUAGAGGAAAGGCUAUAUACCUACCUAUAAUAUGUAGGAGUGUGAACAUGCGUAGUGUCUUAAUGGAGGAAUUGUUAGUUUCGUUUUGCUUCGUCGGGAAUGGUUGUCAGGAGCUCAGUCGGUGGUACACAUUGAAUGUAUUUACUUUUAAAUGUAAUGUAUAUUUAAAUAUAUAUAUUUGUUGACUUCCUUUCCCCAAUAUAUUCUAUAAUGUGUGUCCAAAAGGCUAUUGAGGCUUGGGUCCUGUCGCAAGACUAAACAAAUAGCGUUAAGUCGAUUUGUCCAAAUGUUUUCGCUAUUAAACUGCUUUUCAAAAGUAUUAUUUUCCAAAAGAAUCUCUCUGUAUUAGAAUUAAGCGUUCUAGUCAAAAAUGGACUUCAUAUUUUUAUGUUCGGUGAAACUAUGUACUAACUAACAAAAAACAUAAUUACUGUAUCAGGCGCUUAUGUUGUCAGUCAAAUUAUAAUAUUAAAAUCUCAUUUACAACAUAUUUAUAUGUUAAACUACUUCUGAGUUUGAAACUUCUGUAAUAUUAUGAAUUGUACUGUAGUCGUUAAGAGUUAAUUAUUUAAGGAUUUCUCUUCUUUCAAAUUGUUUUUUUUUAAUUGUUAGCGCCUUUUGAAUUUCACUAUCUAACAAACAAUAUAUCCUGUGAUACAGUUAAAUGUAUUUAAAUCGACAUGAAAUUAUUCAUAAAUUUAUCCAAAACCAUGUAUAAAUGAUCUUCGGAUUAAUGCAAUAUGUUUUGGCCUUGCCAGGUAUUAUAAUUUGCCGAAUCUUUAAUUAUUUUAUACAUAUUUGUAAAAGUCGUGUUCGCUGUGUCAUGGUACCAGUGCUUAGAAAUAAAGAUAUUGAAAAAUA